AUGGAGGUUGAGGAUGGAGCCAAGCUCUGCUUUCCCCAGCUACUGAACACCUCCUGCAGGAAGCCCUUGUCUCCUUGGCCCCAAACAGUUACCAUUGUGUUCUACUCCAUCUCUCUGAUCACUGUGGCUCUUAACCUGCUCAUCAUCAUCUCAAUCUCCCACUUCAGGCAGCUGCACAUACCCACCAACAUCCUCCUCCUCUCUCUGGCUGUCUCUGACCUUCUAGUGGGCCUCCUGCUGAUGCCUGUAGAGGUUCUUCGAAAAACAUCCUGCUGGUUUCUUGGUGACUUUGUUUGUUCUGUGUAUACUCUUAUUUCAGUCAACAUUACCUCCUCCUCAGUAGGUACCAUAGUGCUCAUAUCAGUUGACCGUUAUGUGGCUAUAUGUGACCCUCUGCAGUACACCACUAAAGUCACUGGGAAAAGAGUUAAACUCUGUGUUUGUCUGUGUUGGUUCUGUUCCAUUUUCUACAGCCUUCUCUUUUUAAAGGAUGUCCCAACUCAACCAGGGAGGUAUCAAUCCUGUUACGGAGCAUGUGUGUUUUUCUAUGACCCUAUCUCAUUGACUGUUGAUCUUGUUUUGUCAUUUAUUGUUCCAGUUACUGUCAUCGUGGCUCUGUAUCUGAGAAUAUUUGCCGUGGCUGUGUCUCAGGCUCGUGCCAUCCGCUCUCACAUUACAGCUGUCACACUGCAGCAUUCAGUGACUCCAAAGGCAAAGAAAUCAGAGCUGAAAGCAGCCAGGAAUCUUGGUGUUCUUAUAGUUGUGUUCCUAAUAUUUUUCUGCCCAUAUUACGCUGUCUCGCUUGUAAGUGAAAGCUUGGUCAAUGCUUCAUCUGCAUCCUAUGUUCUCUUUGUGUUCUAUUGUAACUCUGGCCUAAACCCUGUGAUCUAUGCCUUCCUUUACCCCUGGUUUAGAAAAGCAGUUAAACUCAUAGUUACUCUCCAGAUACUGCAGCCUGGCUCCUGUGAAACCAACAUGCUGUAGAGAGGCUGUGGAGGGACUGAGAUCAGACUCGGUCUAUGGAUUAAAGGAAUGAAUAUGUUCCUGUUGUUCAGUGAGUGAGUUAUGAAAUAGAGAAAGUGAUGAUAUACUUUCCUGUCUUUAAUUCUAAAUUGUGUAUGGACAACAAAAGACAGGAUUAUCUACAGUUCAUCAUAUAAUUGCUGCUAUGUUUCCAGGGAAACAAGUACAGUGUAGUCAUAGAACAGAGGAAAUUAAAGUAGUAAUUAUGUGGAGUCUGAUGGGUUGCAAUUUAAUCAGAUUUGAUGUCAUUCAAUCUAUUUAACAUAGCAUGGUGAUGUGUUGUAAAGAAGCAUGAAAUA